AUGGGGGGAAAAAAGGGAGGGCCACUAUGGAUAUUCUGCCUAAUUUGGAGUUAUUGCGAGGGCAAAACACCAGUGCAGAUAGUCCAGCGCCCUGCAGUCACCAGGAGUGAAUGUUCCACCUGGGGCAGUUUCCACUUUCAGACAUUUGACCAUGUUAAAUUUGAUUUCCCCGGAAUCUGCCACUAUGUUUUCGCCUCGCACUGCAAUGACAGCUACCAGGACUUCAACAUCCAGGUCAGGCGCAGCGACAAGAAUGGAUUUCCAGUCUGCUUCACUGCUACCAUUGAUGGAGUGCUUCUAGAGGUGAAAGAGUCAGGCAUCACAGUGAAUGGACAUGAGAUUCCCCUUCCCUUCAGCUUGAAGAGCAUUUUGAUUGAAGACACCUGUACUUACUUCCAAGUCACAUCCACGCUUGGCCUGACUCUCAAGUGGAACUGGGCUGACACUCUCUUACUGGACUUGGAAGAUACAUACAAGGGGAAAACAUGUGGUCUGUGUGGGAACUAUGAUGGCAAUGAGAAGAAUGAUUUGCAUUUGAAUGGUUAUAAACUACUCCCGAGGCAGUUUGGAAACCUUCACAAAGUAGAGGAGCCCUCAGAAAAGUGCCCUGAUGUAGCUGAAGAUGAAGAUGCCAAAAACCAUAAAAGUCGCUCUCAUCAACCAAAAAAUAAAUGUAGUAAAUAUAAAUCAAAAUGCAAGAAACUCCUAGCCCAUCUUGGGAACUGUUCCAGAGUGGUUGCUUUUGAUGACUAUGUAGCCACCUGCACCGGAGACAUGUGCAUCUGUGCAAAGAAUUCUUCUUCUGAUUCUGCUUUGGUUUCCAGCUGCAUAUGCAGCACCCUUAGCCAGUAUUCCCGAGACUGCGUCCUGAAUGGGGGAAUCCCUGGGAAAUGGAGAACCAAAGAUCUUUGUUUCCAGGAAUGUCCAAACAACCUGGAAUAUAUGGAAUGUGGAAACCCCUGUGCCGACACAUGCGCCAAUCCAGAGAGGAGCAAGAUCUGUAAAGCCCCAUGUACUGAUGGUUGCUUCUGCCCUGCUGGGACUAUUCUCGAUGACAUGAAUGGCAACAAAUGCAUCCCCACUAACAGCUGUCCGUGCAUGUUUCAAGGCAAAGUCUAUGCAACCGGAGGAUCCUACUCCACUCCUUCUCAAAACUGUACCUGUGCUGGUGGCCAAUGGGUUUGUGUAUCUCUGCCUCUUUCUGGAAAUUGCAAUGUGGAGGGAGGGUUCCACAUUACUACGUUUGAUAACAAAGAGUUCAUUUUUCAUGGCAAUUGUCAUUAUGUCUUAGCUAAGGACAAUGGCAGCAGCUUUGUGGUUGUUGGUGAGAUCAUUCAGUGUGGGAUAUCAAGCACUAUGACUUGCUUGAAGAAUGUAUUAGUCACAUUAAGAGCCCUUAAUAUCCGACUCUGUUCCUGUGGAAAUGUCUAUAUCAAUAAUUUCAUUGCAGUGCUGCCAAUAACUAGAGAUGGCAUCACUAUCUUCAGACCGUCUACAUUCUACAUCAACAUCUUGACCUCAUUUGGAGUACAGAUUCAAGUGCAAAUAAAACCCAUUAUGCAGCUCUUCAUAACAGUGGAUGACUCUUACCAAAAUCACACAUCUGGUCUUUGUGGCAAUUUCAACAACAUCCAGAUUGAUGACUUUCGGACAAUUAGUGGAGUUGUGGAGGAUUCAGCUUCAGCCUUUGGUAACUCAUGGAAGACUAGGGGCAGCUGUCCUGAUGUUGAAGAUAACUUUGAGGACCCUUGUGCAAACAGUGUGGACAAAGAAAAAUUUGGGCAGCACUGGUGUGAACUUCUGUCUAACACAAGUGGUGUAUUUGCUUCCUGUCAUUCCGUUGUAGAUCCCUCAUCAUAUGUCAAGAACUGUGUUUAUGACACUUGUAAUGCUGAGAAGAGUGAAGCGGCCCUGUGUAGCGUGCUCUCUACAUACUCCAGAGAUUGUGCUGCAAGAGGAGUACACCUGAAAGGCUGGAGGCAUGGGGUCUGUGAUGUCUCUAAGGACUGUCCUGAAACGAUGGUAUUCAGCUACGAUGUGAAGUUCUGUAACCACUCCUGCCGCUCCCUGAGCGAGCCUGAUCUGCUGUGUAAUGUCCAGAGCACUCCUGUAGAGGGCUGUGGUUGUCCCAAGGAGACCUACCUAAAUGCUGAUGAAUGUGUGUCUCCAGAAGACUGUCCAUGUUACUACAAAGACAAGACAAUUCAAGCUGGGAAAUCAUUCCAAGAGGACAAACUCAUGUGCAAAUGUAUUCGAGGAAGAUUAGACUGCAUUGGAGAAGCCAUAAUGAAAAAAGAUUGUCCUGCUCCUAUGUUUUACUUCGACUGCAGCUCUGCUGGCCCAGGAGCAAUUGGAUCUGAGUGUCAGAAAAGUUGUAAGACACAGGAUAUGCAGUGUUAUGUCACAGAAUGUGUCUCUGGCUGCCUGUGCCCCAAUGGACUUGUAUCUGAUGGUAAAGGGGGCUGCAUUGCUGAGGACCAGUGUCCGUGUGUCCAUGGAGGAAAUUUCUAUAACCCUGGGGAAAGUAUCACAGUCCGCUGUAACACAUGCACAUGUAAUAACAGACAGUGGAACUGCACAGAGAACCCUUGCCAGGGAACGUGCACCGUGUAUGGAAAUGGACAUUACUUGAGCUUCGAUGGAGAAAAGUUUGAUUUCAUGGGAGAUUGCGAUUAUAUCCUAGCUCAGGACUUUUGCCCCAAUAACCCCAAUGAUGGCACCUUCCGAAUUGUAACUCAGAACAAUGCGUGUGGGAAAUCACUCUCCAUCUGUUCCUUGAAGAUCACAUUGAUUUUGGAGAACAUUGAAAUCAGACUCCUGGAAGGAAAAAUUCAGGAGAUAACCACUGAGCCAGAUGCUGUAAAGAAUUACAAGUUGGAUCUCAGGGGGGUUUAUAUUGUGAUUGAAACUUCCCAGGGAAUGACCUUCAUGUGGGACCAAAAGACCACAGUAAUUGUUCUAGUGGCACCCUCUUUCCAGGGCAAAGUCUGUGGCCUUUGCGGUGAUUUUGAUGGCCGUUCAAAGAAUGACUUUACCACCAGAGGGCAGUCAGUGGAGAUGAGAGUGCAGGAGUUUGGGAACAGCUGGAAAGUCACCAGCAGCUGCUCAAACAUAAACAUGACUGACCUGUGUGCUGAUCAGCCUUUCAAAUCUGUACUGGGACAAAAGCACUGCAGCAUUAUUAAGAGCAAUGUCUUUGGGGCCUGCCACAGUAAGAUCAACCCGAUGCCAUAUUAUGAGUCUUGUGUGUCUGACUUCUGUGGCUGUGACAGCGUGGGAGACUGUGAAUGCUUCUGUACCUCAGUAGCUGCUUAUUCAAGGAGCUGUAAUAGAGUUGGCGUCUGUAUUGACUGGAGGAGACCUAGCAUUUGUCCUGUGUUCUGUGAUUACUACAAUCCACCUGACAAACACGAAUGGUUCUAUAGGCCGUGUGGAGCCCCCUGUCUAAAGACCUGCAGGAAUCCACAGGGCAAAUGUGGUAACCUGCUGUAUAGUUUAGAAGGCUGUUACCCAGAAUGCAGCACUGAGAAGCCAUAUUACGAUGAGGAAAGAAGGGAGUGUGUCUCGCUGCUCGACUGCAUGUCGUGCAACCCUAAAGAAAAACUGUGCACAGAGGACUCCAAGGACUGCCUCUGCUGCUACCAGGAAAAGACCUACACCUUAAAUGAAAGUAUAUACAGUCAAACAGAUGGGGUCAGCUGCUGGAAGGCUGUCUGUGGCCCUAAUGGGAAUAUCAUUAGAACAUUCAUUCCUUGUGGAACAUCUCCUACAAUGGUGCCUGCUAUAGAGGAGUCAGGGCCCAAACCCAAGGGAAGCACAGAUGAAGAAUCGGAAAUCACUUCCCCAAAGUCACGGAGGUCAGGGAAUAUUAUAUCACAGACAACUGAUGGUUUGGGUCGGUGUUUUUACUCCAUAUGUAAUGCCUCAUGUCAGAGUGAAUUAAUCCAGGGAGAAUGUGCAACCACUCCAAGACCGAGCACAGCUCCUGAGCAGCCCAGCGACCACUGUGAUUCAGCUUUACAGAAUGGACGUUGUGAAAACACUCCUGCAAGUGCAGCAAACACAUCUGCUCCCAAAGUAACUCCUAUGAGAGACUGUCCAUAUCUCAGUCCUCCUAGAAAGUUUAAUGAAUCAUGGGACUUCGGAAAUUGUCAAAUUGCCACUUGCUUGGGAGGUGGAAAUGAUAUUAAACUGUCCAAUGUGAAUUGCCCUCCUCAACUAUUAAACCUCUGUGUCAAUGGUUUCCCACUCACAAAACACUAUGAUGAAACUGGCUGCUGUGAAGUGUUUGAGUGUCAGUGUGUAUGCAGUGGGUGGGGAAAUGAACAUUACGUGACUUUCGAUGGAACAUAUUAUAAUUUCCAGGGGAAUUGCACCUAUCUCCUGGUGAAGCCAAUCCAGCCUGACUCUCAGAGCUUCUGGAUUCACAUGGACAACUACUACUGUGGUACAACUGAUGGAGCAAUUUGCUCAAAGUCCCUUGUCAUUUUUUAUAAGAAUUCCAUGGUGAUUCUGACACAAGCAGUAGAACAUAGGAAAGAAACCAACUUGGUUCUGUUUAACAAUAAAAAGAUUGUGCCAAAUGUUUCCAAGAAUGGUAUCAUCAUAACCAGUUCUGGCCUCUACGUUGUGGUUGAAAUACCUGAACAAAAACUGUAUGUCUCCUAUGGACGACUUAUGUUUUACAUAAAACUCCCUUUCAGCACCUUUUAUAACAAUACCCUGGGGCAAUGUGGUACAUGCACCAACCAAAAGUCUGAUGAUGCUAUGAAGAGGAAUGGUGAGAUUGCAGACUCCUUCAGGGAGAUGGCUUUAGACUGGAGAGUGCCAGAUCCUACCAACAGAAAUUGUGAAUUAAGUGCCCUGGCGCCAGCUCGGACAGAGACCUCAUUAUCCAAAGUGGGAGCUUGUGCUCCCAGUGCUCUUUGUAAACUCAUCUGGAAUUUGACAGGCUGUCACAGUGCCGUUCCCCCUCGACCUUACUAUGAGGCUUGUGUUGUGGAUGGCUGCUCAGCAUUACGCCAGAAGACCGAAUGCCAAAGCCUUCAGACCUAUGCGGCCUUGUGUGGAUUCCAUGGAAUCUGUGUUGACUGGAGGAGCAAAACUAACGGGCAGUGUGAAGCCAAAUGUUCUCAAGACCAGAUCUACAAGCCAUGCGGGGGAACAGAAAGAAGCACAUGCUUCAGCAGGAAAACCACCAUCCCCUUGCAAGAUAAGGAUCCAGUGCUUGUUGAAGGGUGUCACUGCCCUGAUGGAAAGAUCCUGCUGAAUAAUCUUGAUGGUAUUUGUGUUUCUGUCUGCGGCUGUAUUGGACCUGAUGGAUUAGUGAAACAGCCUGGAGAGAAAUGGGAACAUGAUUGUCAGUACUGCACCUGCAAUGAGGCGACCUUGAAUAUCUCUUGUUCACCCCACUCUUGUGUUAAGUCUCUGCCAGUCAACUGCACUAAAGAAGGAUUUGUUCCUAAAACACGACCCCGUUCAGAAGAUCCCUGCUGUCCGGAGACAGUGUGUGAAUGUGAUGUAAAGUCCUGUUCUCUCAUCAAAAGACAAUGCGAUUUAGGCUUCCAGCCAGUGGUAGCUAUUUCUGAGGAUGGCUGUUGUCCUAUUUUUUCCUGUAUACCAAAAAGUGUAUGUGUUUCUGAAGGAGUUGAAUAUAAGCCAGGGACAAUGGUGCCUAAAAACUCUUGUGAAGAUUGUUUGUGCACUGAAAAGCAGGACCCUGCUACACAAACUAACCAAAUUCAGUGCACACCAGUAAAAUGCUCAACUGAUUGCCGGCAGGGUUUCCGCUACACCAGAGAAGAAGGCAGGUGUUGCGGCCAGUGUGUGCAGGUGGCCUGUGUGGCGAAGCUUCCAUCUGGCAUUGUGACCAUUGAGGUUGGGAAGACCUAUAAAGUUCUGGAGGAUAACUGUACUCUGUAUAAUUGCACUCAGUCAUCAGGCCAGUUUGUUUUGACAAGCACAAUAAUAUCCUGCCCAGCGUUUGAUCCGUCAAACUGUGUCCCAGGAACUGUUGCGACAACUUCAGAUGGAUGUUGUAAGACAUGUAUCCCAUUGUCAAAUGUUUGCAAACUGAAGCUGAAAAAAGAAUACAUCACUCACAAGAGCUGUAAAUCAGCAGCUCCUGUCCUAGUGCCUUCAUGUGAAGGGUCCUGUGGUACAUACUCUGUGUAUGCUUUUGAUGACAGUAAAAUGAAACACAAAUGCACUUGCUGCCAUGAAACAAAGAGCCAUGAGAUGAAGGUGGAACUGAUUUGCUCUAAGAGGAAGAGAAUCGAAUACACGUAUGUUCAUGUAGAUGAGUGUGACUGUGUGGAGACAAAAUGCCAAGAGAAAAAGCCAUAA